AUACCAUAUUUCACGAAUAAAUAUAAACAUCUGCUAACAACACCGACACCAUAAUCUCUGAUAAUGUAACUUACUGGAAUCUUUAAAGUUGGUACUAUAUUCUAGUCAUUGCUUUGACAGUUGUGUAAAUAUGACAAUGAAAACUACGUGCAAUUAAUAGUGGAAUUUCUACAACUGUAUGCCAUAUACUCGAUCAGUCAUGGAGCUUAUAGUUUUCCCAGGACUAUUAGAUUAGUCUUCAGAGCUAUCUUAAUCCCAGAUUACAGUUAAAAGAACACAACGUUAAUAAAGCCUGCAUCACCACUUCCAAAGGGCAAUUUGGUAAUGUUUUGUUAUUACCUUUUUCUAAUGCGUUUUCCAAUUUUUUUUUUGUUACCAAGUAAGUUUUAUACCUGGAUGCUGGCUGCUGUUUUUUUCUUUUUUAAGUUUCUCUGCCUACUGUGACGGUUCGGUUCGUGUUGCUAGACUAGAUGGGAAAUUGUUAUACAUGUCCACACAGUCAUGUACUUGUGAAACGACUUGAGGUUUAGCAGUCUUAGGGUCUUUUCUCUGGAUUUUGUUUUCGUCUUACUUAGCUUUGGUUUUCGCGUAUUGACCACUUUCCGUGUUUAGUAUGACGGUGACUCGCAACAAACCCUGAGCAUUCAGCAUCAACCCAAUGACAGGCCUUACCAUUCGUCGAGUGGCUGCGACAUAGGCUAAACCACAGCCCUCGUGUACACAGAACAACAACAACGCUCCUGUUACAAACGAGGUUAACGGAAGAUGCUUGAAGAGUGAAACGAAUCAAUGGUUUCGAUUUGCCGGAUACCGUCACCUGCUUUCAACACCCUCAUUAAAACAUUUGUCAAACAAGACAUUAACUGUGGUACAUGUACUAAAAUUCUGUUACUAAAGACGUUCUGCCUGAUGUCAUCUUCACCGCCAGCGGAAUCACCAUCAUUGUCGGCAGAAUGCAUAGUCAAGGGACCAGAAUCACCGGUGAAGAAGGAUGAAACAGAUGAUGGGCCGAGUAAAAAGAAGAGUGAGCCUCAGUGCAACUUGUCAAAGCGAGCUAAAAGAAGAAUGGCAAAGAUAGAAAUGAUGGAGAAGAACAAGAACCAUAAGGAACAGAAAAGAUUGAGGAAACUAGCGGAUCCUAAUGCUGACUUAAAUGCUGGGUUCAGUCAAGACAUCUUUGGCGAAACUGAUUAUUAUUUUGAAAAUGGUCUUAGGAAAGUUUACCCUUACUACUACACGUUUACUGCUUUUGCAAAGCGACGUUGGGUAGGUCGAUCUUUACUGGAGGUGACCUCUGCUGAGUUUCGGGCUGAAAACGAGGAUUACUAUAGAAGGGCAAUUGAGAGUGGAGCUAUGACUGUGAACGGAGAAAUUGUGAACCUGGAUUAUAAGCUGAAGGACAAUGACCUCGUCCAAAACACCAUUCACAGACACGAGAACCCAGUGUGUGAUCAGACCUUUGAGGUACUGCAUGAAGACAAGGAUGUGGUGGUGAUCAACAAGCCCUCGUCUAUCCCCUGUCACCCCUGUGGCAGGUACAGGUUCAACUCGGCUGUCUUCAUCUUGGGCAAAGAGAUGAAGCAAAGCAACCUCAGGAAUAUUUAUCGCUUGGACCGCCUGACCUCUGGUGUAAUGGUGUGUGGGAAAACAGCUAAACGAACAUUAGAGCUGGAGAGGCAUGUGAGGAACAGAGAAGUGGAGAAGGAGUAUGUGUGUCGUGUAGUAGGAGAAUUCCCUGAUGGCCGUAUCAGUGUUGAUCAGCCAAUUGAUUGUCUGUCCAACCGGGUAUCAGUGUGGAAAGUUUCAGCCAAUGGAAAGGCAAGCCAGACUUUCUUUGAGAAGAUGAGUUACAAUGGCAAGACCAGUGUUGUUAAGUGUUUCCCCAAAACUGGCAGAACACACCAGAUCCGAGUCCAUCUGCAGUAUUUGGGUUUUCCGAUCGUGAAUGACCCAAUUUACAACAGUGAAGCAUUUGGACCGUUGAGAGGGAAAGGUGGGGAUUAUGGGAAAUCUGAAGCCGAGGUGAUUCAAGCAAUAGAAAAGGAGCACAAUGUAGGAGAGUGGGAAGAAGGGGAAAAUCCUUUGUUUGCAGAGAAAAUGAGGCAGCCAGAAGAGAUAAAAUCAGAGGGCGCUUGUGUAGAUGGCACGAGCAGUCAAGAUAUGGAUCAACGUGAUGACGCAAAGGUUGAAGGUCAGGGUGAAGAAGAGAUCAGUGGAGGCGUGGGAGGGAAAAGUGAAGAUGAGCCCACAGCUAAGCGUUUGAAAAUGACGGAUACAGUCGGUGUUGUCCGUCAGGGGUUUGAUUUGGAGAAGUGGAAACCAGACAUAAAUUGCCAGGCAUGUCGCAGGAAAUACCGAGAUCCCAGUCCCAGUGACCUCAUCAUGUACCUCCAUGCACUCAGAUAUAAGGGACCAGAUUGGGAUUAUCAGACAGCGUUACCAGACUGGGCCAAAGAGGACUUUGUGAAGACAGAACCUAGCUGAUAGUUUUAUCUAUUUACAGCACUAUUAGCUUGGUGAUAGCAGUUGGAAGUAGGGUUUGCACACAUUCUUAAAAGUUCUUGAGUAUGAUGCAUUAAAUUCAAGACCAUUGAAUUGACGGUAUUUUUAAUUUUAUUUUGUGACUUCUUGAAAAGCCUGUAAUGAGAAUUCAAGAAAAUUAAGCUAGUUUGUUCUGGAAUUCAGACAGCAUAUUGUGUACUUUUAUAUAAUGCUUGUAUUCAAAAGUGUUUUUGAUAAUUCAAUACCUUACACAUCAGACAUAAAGAGAAAUCAUAUCAAAACUCAGGACUUUAUAAAAUUCACAAGGGUAAUUGAGGGUUCUUGAAUUUAAAUCACAAGUCCAUGGAAUAACUAAAACAUCAGAUGUCUGCUUGCUUCCUCUCCGGCUGCAUGUGGGAAGGUGUAGCAGCAACUUGUGGAUGGUGUUGGAUUUCCCGCCAGGUUCAGCUUGGUUUCCUCCCACCACAAUACUGGCCACUGUCGUGUAAGUGAAAUAUUCUUGAGUAGGGUGUAAAACACCCAUCAAAUAAAUAAAUAAAUGAGAUGUUCUGUAUAUGUAAGCCUUGUGAACCCUGUGGAAAGUACAUGUGACAGUCAGCUACACAUUGUAGCCAUGCAUGUACAGCUUUGAGUAUUUCUGUAUUUGUAAAGAUAUAUAUGUAUAUACAGAGGUACAUAGUGAGUCAUGAAUUGUGUAAGUUAGCCAGAAGAGUGAGAUCAUGUGAUCACCCUUGCAAGGACAAAAACAAAAUGGCCACCUCACAUUGAAGCUUUGGUAGAAAAAUCCUGAAAAUUAUUCUGAUUGAACACUGAUAGCGAUGCAAAAAUAGGCAUUUUACUAUGCUAUCACACUAGAGGGACAAUUUCUUUCCCGCUCGACGCCCAUUACCUAGGCGGUCUGGCUUCAACAUGUUCAACUAGAAUCCAUGUGAAAUUUGUAGUUUGUACUACAACUGAUAAUAAAUAUUUGAUCAGAUUUA